UUCAUAUACAAAACUCAUCGAAUUGACUCGCAAUGGACGAGGUUAUUGAUGCUACAUGUAUCACAGUAAUACAGCUCCCUCACAGUAGUAGAGAGGAUAAAAAGCUCCACCAAUAUAUGGGUGGCUAUCCUUUGUUGGGGCUGACCACCCUACACACCAUAGACUCAUGAAUCCAUAACCCACUUAGCCAACUUUAUAGCAAGGCCAAAUGACCAAGCCCCAAGACCCUCUAAUUGUGUAGGCUUUUUAUAACUUUGUUAUUAAAUUCGAGUGUUUAGAGAGAGAAAUGGCCUGUUAUGCAAUAUCGACUGUGUCAUUUGGGCGAGCAAGUGGGUUGGCACCCACCAUGGCUUCGGUUGUGCCUGCAAUCAUAGUAGGUGGUGGGAGAGUGGGUCAGGCGUUGCAGAGCAUGGGAGGAGGCAAAGAUGUUAUGGUGAGGAGAGGGGAAGCUGUGCCCUUGGAUUUUCCAGGCCCAAUCUUGGUUUGCACCAGGAAUGAUGACCUUGACGCUGUUCUUGACGCUACCCCCAGGCCUAGAUGGAGCGACUUGGUGUUUUUUCAGAAUGGGAUGCUUGAACCCUGGCUAGAGAGUAAAGGGCUAGUUGAUGCAGACCAGGUGUUGGCCUAUUUCGCAGUAUCGAAACUAGGCGAACCUCCAACUGAUGGAAAAACCGACAUGAACCCUGAGGGAUUAACAGCAGCUUUUGGCAAAUGGGCCUCCGCUGUGGCCACACGUCUCCAUUCAGGAGGUCUUUCAUGCAAGGUGCUUGAUAAAGAAUCCUUUCAGAAACAGAUGUUAGAGAAAUUGAUAUGGAUAUCAGCUUUCAUGCUUGUUGGGGCUCGCCAUCCUGGGGCUACCAUGGGUGCUGUGGAGAAAGAAUACCGUUCCGAGGUUGGUCGCCUCAUCCAGGAGCUUGCAGCAGCCACAACAGCAGAGAACAAACUAGUGUUUGAGCCUGCCAUGGAGGAUAGGCUAUGUGCAUAUUCUAGGGCUGUUGCUCACUUUCCAACCGCUGUCAAAGAGUUUAAAUGGCGGAAUGGAUGGUUCUAUUCACUCACUCAAAAGGCCAUUGCUGAGGGGAGACCAGAUCCAUGCCCCUUACACACCACUUGGCUCAAGGAACUGAAGAUUAUCUAAGUAACAAUACAUCCUCUAUGUAGUUCUUUUUAUUUUUCAGAUGUUUUGAACUUUGGCAGAGAACAGCAACUGAUUGAGAUUGUUCGAGCUAGAAACAUGCUUCUCAUCUCCUGUAGCAAACAACAUUAGAUUAAGAGAAUGUUUUCAACCUGAAA